UUAUCUGUGUAUGUCUAUUUAUAUGUAAACGUUUCUCACAAAAAUGUAUGAUUAAUCAUUAAGUCUAAAGUUUGUCAUCACUGCACUUUUUUUUUUUAAUAAAUCGAGUUACUCUGCUAGAAAUAUGAAUAUCAUGUGACACUAGCGCCCCUUUUGUUUGGCUUGGCAGCAGGGGGCGUAGUGGCUAAGGACACAUGUGUAAUGCUGUACCUGGCUUGAUCAGGGUAUGUAUGCUGAAUUAUUUCAGUAAAAAGGGCCCAGGUGUAAAAAUAAGUCAAACACUCCUGAGUCAUUUUGGACAGAAGCACCACAAGCAGUGAACUGGUAAUUGUUGCUGUUUGCAACAGAGGCUUAGAAAGUAUAAAUAAAGUGCAUAAUUGUAGCCUUAUUUCACUUUUGUUUUGAUCGCUUUGUUUGUUGCUAGGUGUAAAGCUCCAGACCCAUGCCAUUGUCUGCAAAAAUUUUUUUUUUCCCCCCCUCCUUUUUCCUAUCUGAUCAUAUGUGGUCAGGUAGCAGCAGUCACAUGCAUCCAUCACACAUUGCCAUGUGUUGUAUUGACUGUCGAUUGUUUUAUUUUAUGGUCCCUGGCUAUGGAGAAUUGUGUCUCAGGAAACAAAUUAACACGUUCUCCAAGUGCUGGACUGCGGCGAUGCAGGCAGCUUUCAGAGUCUGACCUAUGGCUGAUGUGGCUGCUUUCACACAGGCGCUGACACAUCGCCCUUCAGUUGCCAUGGCGACAGGCUCUCCCAUUAGCCUCCGUGUGUUUUCUCUGAACUGCUGGGGCAUCCGUUACCGUAGCCUGCACUGCACACCGCGGUAUGAGAUGAUAGCCGAGCUGCUGAGCAAGGAGAAGCACGAUGUUGUGCUGCUGCAGGAGGUAUGGAGUGAACUAGACUACCUCUUUUUAAAGAAGAAACUGGCAUGCUCCCAUCAACACUCCCAUUAUUUUAAAAGUGGCGUCAUAGGAAGCGGUUUGGCUGUUUUUUCCAAGCACAACAUCCAAGAUGCGUUUCUUUACCGCUAUUCUCUGAAUGGCUACCCUUACAUGGCCCACCAUGGCGACUGGUUCGGCGGGAAGGCUGUGGGACUCGUCAUUUUGAAUGUCUGUGGGCUGACAGCCCACGUUUAUGUUACACAUCUGCAUGCUGAAUACUGCAGGGAGCAUGACUCCUACCUGCCCCACAGAGUGGUCCAGGCCUGGGAGCUGCAGCAGUUUGUCCGUCACACGUCCCGAGGAGCUGACUUGGUGAUUUUGAGUGGGGACCUGAACAUGCAUCCCCAGGACCUCGGCACGCGCCUCCUACGGACGUACACCAGGCUCCAAGACUGCUACGCCGAAACCGAGAAGUUUGAUGGUUGCGAAGAAGGUUUUACCCUGAUAGCGGAAAAUCCCUUCACCAGUAAGGAGGAGCUCCUUCCUUUUGACAAGGGGAUCAGAAUAGACUACAUAUUCUUCAAGGGAUCCAAGAAGGUGUGUGUGAAGUGCAAGCUUUUUUCUACCACGAAGGGCUCUGUCCCAGGAAAGCCCUUCCCCUACUCAGACCACGAAGCACUCAGUGCUGAUCUGCUGCUGCUGCCACAGCAGGUGACAGAGGCAACUGGGAGAGAACAUGAAAGCUGUGACACAGAUGCCCUCGCUGAGCUGGUGAACACUGUGACGGAGGCCCGCACCGAGGUGAAAGUGGGUCUCCACUAUGCCGAGCGCAUGCGGCACACAGCGGCGCGCACGGGCCUAUUGGGGCUGGCACUGUUGCUCCUGGAGCUGGCCAUCGGUGCCGUGCCCUGGCUGACCCCCAGUGCCCAGCAGCCCUUCCCACAGGCCUCCUUUUAUUUACUGGGGGCACUGUGCUUGGCCACGUUGCUGGGUGCCCUGCUGCUCUACGUAUUCCACUGUACACAAGUCAAAGCUCUGCAGGGUGCCGAGGAUCAGAUGAGGCUGGCGGUCGGAGCUUUGCAGGAGAAGCUGCGGGGACGACCGCUGGGCCAGCCUGGGGACCUACUCUGUGAUGUCGGGGUCCCCUCCGAGCCAACCCUGCUGGAUCCUAAGGAGUGAGGGGAUUAACAGGGAAGAGAGUAGCUAGACUGUGGCAGCACCAAGUAACUGGCCCUUGAUAUUGACCCUACCCACAUCUCCAGUCCUACCUCACCUCUGGCUAUUUUCCCCUGCUAAGUGAGCAGCGAGCUUUAAAUCAGUCCAGGGUUGAACUGAAACUUAUUGUACCACAUCAGGAGCAGCAUGCUGGGAAAUAUGUAGCACGUACUGUACAGUGGUAGUCCUAGCAUUGCUAGUUUUUCCAUUGUGAUGACACCCUCCAUAAACUCAAGCCUGUACCGCCACUGCUUAACAUAGCUCUGCUAAUUUCCCAAUAUUAAUAAUGCGAAUCGCAUAACGGAAGUUAUGCAAGAAUGUUAACGUCGGGGGACUAAGCAAAUAAGAGAAAAUUAAUGGAAGCAAUAAUGACACAGCCAUCGCAUGACUUUUUUUUAUUGUGUAAGGAAAAGUUGUCCUUAUUUUUGCAUUUUUUGCAUGUUUUUAAAGUUGCAGUCCCAGGACCAAAAGAUGGGAGAAGCUUUAUACUGUCCCAUGGGGUAAACGUGUUAUGACCAGUGUGUUACAUGUGUGGGUCCCUGUUGAGCAGGCAGACAAGGUGGUGUGUGUG